GGGAGGGUCCGCCCGUCCCGGCGCUUCCGGCGGGGCUGGUUCAGGCUCCGGCGCUGGCUCUGCCAUGGGGAAGAAGCACAAGAAGCACAAAGCGGAGAAGGCAGAAUGGCGCUCGACCUCCGCCACCGCCUACAGCGAUUAUGUGGAUAAACCUUUGGAAAAACCCUUAAAGCUGGUGCUUAAAGUUGGAGGAAGCGAAGUGACCGAACUCUCCGGGUCAGGGCAUGAUUCCAGUUACUAUGAUGACAGAUCAGAUCAUGAGCGAGAACGACAUAAAGAAAAGAAGAAAAAAAAGAAAAAAAAGUCUGAGAAGGAAAAAGAAAAGCAUCUAGAUGAUGAAGAAAGAAGAAAAAGAAAGGAAGAGAAAAAGAGGAAAAGGGAGAAAGAACAAUGUGACACUGAAGGAGAAACUGAUGACUUUGAUCCUGGGAAAAAAGUAGAGGUUGAACCUCCUCCAGAUCGUCCUGUCAGAGCAUGCAGAACUCAGCCAGCUGAAAACGAGAGCACACCGAUCCAGCAAUUACUAGAACACUUCCUUCGGCAGCUUCAAAGGAAAGAUCCUCAUGGGUUUUUUGCUUUUCCAGUCACGGAUGCCAUCGCUCCUGGAUAUUCCAUGAUAAUAAAACACCCUAUGGAUUUUGGUACGAUGAAGGAAAAAAUUGCAGCAAAUGAAUACAAAUCAGUCACUGAAUUCAAGGCAGAUUUUAAACUGAUGUGUGAUAAUGCAAUGACUUACAACAGACCAGAUACUGUUUACUACAAGCUAGCCAAGAAGAUACUGCACACAGGCUUUAAGAUGAUGAGCAAAGAACGGCUGUUAGCUUUGAAGCGCAGCAUGUCGUUUAUGCAGGACAUGGAUUUUUCUCAGCAGGCAGCUCUUCUGGGUGAUGAAGAUACAGCAGUUGAAGAACCUGUCCCUGAAGUCGUUCCUGUACAAGCAGAGACUACCAAGAAAUCCAAAAAGCAAAAUAAAGAAGUUAUUAGAGAGAAAUUCUUAGCUAAGCAAAUGGAAGAAGAUAACCCAGGAGAGAGAAAUGGAUUUGGUGUGAGGAGAUGCUCUACCCAGUACCUAAGCUGCAUUUUUGAACCUGAGGGAAACGCAUGCAGCCUGACAGACAGCACUGCUGAAGAGCAUGUCCUGGCGCUAGUGGAACAUGCGGCAGAUGAAGCUCGGGAUAGGAUCAAUCGAUAUCUACCCAACAGCAAGAUUGGUUAUCUGAAAAAAAAUGGAGAUGGAACUUUAUUAUUUAGCGUAGUAAAUUCAUCUGAUCCUGAAGCGGAAGAGGAAGAGACUCAUCCAGUGGAUCUGAGUUCGCUGUCAAGCAAAUUACUGCCUGGCUUCACUACACUGGGCUUUAAAGAUGAACGAAGAAAUAAAGUAACCUUUCUUACAAGUGCCAGUACAGCACCUUCCUUGCAAAACAACUCUAUAUUUCAUGAUUUGAAACCAGACGAGAUGGAACUCUUGUACUCAGCAUAUGGUGAUGAAACUGGAAUACAGUGUGCCUUAAGCUUACAAGAAUUCGUGAAGGAUGCUGGAAGUUACAGCAAGAAAAUAGUGGAUGAUCUUCUGGACCAGAUCACCAGUGGCGAUCAUUCCAAAACUAUUUAUCAGCUAAAGCAGAGGCGAAACAUCCCAGUAAAACCACUGGAUGAAGUUAAGGUUCUGCCAGUUCUUAUAAAAGAAGAACACAAGUUGCAUAAUACCUGUCUGGAUUCUUCCAAACAGAUUAUGGUUGGAGAAUCUGCUGGAGACAGUAACUCUUCUGACUUAGAUUUUCUCUCUAUGAAACCAUAUUCAGAUGUAUCUCUUGAUAUUUCUAUGUUAAGUUCGUUAGGAAAAGUGAAGAAGGAGCUUGACCAUGACGAUAAUCAUUUACAUCUGGAUGAAACAACUAAGCUGCUGCAGGACCUUCAUGAAGCUCAGGCUGACAGAGUGGGAUCCCGGCCUUCAUCCAAUUUGAGUUCCCUCUCCAAUACCUCUGAAAGAGAUCAACAUCAUCUUGGAAGCCCCUCUCAUCUGAGUGUUGGAGAACAGCAAGACAUGGUUCAUGAUCCCUAUGAAUUUCUUCAGUCUCCAGAAACCUCAAAUGCCACUAGUAACUAAUCUGACAUGUACUAUAUAUAUUUUGUAUUUUAAUUGUAUUAUGUUUUUAUAAAGUUUUUGUCCAUGACAGAAACCGUAAUUUUGUCCUCUUUUCUAUGAGGAUUCCUGUAUAAUAUUAUUGUAUAUGCAGGAUUAAACAGGCAAAGAAAAAAAAAAAGAAAAAAAAAAUAAGAAAAAAAACCCUACUUAGUGCAUUGUGUUGUUAGCAAUGUACCAAGAACUGCUUUCAAUUUGUGUAUUAAGGGAGGUUGUUGUCUACUGGUGUGUGAAUCUUGACUGAAAAACAACAAAUAAUGUGUUAGAAAAAUUCAUAUUUUAUAGAAACUAAAAAGUGAUAAUUUUCCCAGAAUCAUGGCAGGAGUCAUUAAAUAUUUCUAAUAUGUUUAAUCUGGGGUUCUCUGGUGGUCUAGUGGUUAGGAUGCGGCGCUCUCACCGC